CUUUAGAAAAUUUUACUAUAUAUGGAUGAGAAAUUGUACAUAUUGUCUUCACAAUUGUUUUUUUAUAUUUUCUCUUAGAACAAUUGUAAUUAAUUUAAUUAAAAGAAAAAUGAUUUGAAAGGAGCUCAGCUCAGUUAUGGCGGCAAAGCUAUUUUCAGCGGCGUGCAGAAGAAGCGAGGGCGGGAACUCGUCGCCGCGCUAUCCGUCGAUGCCUAACCGCACGAAAGGAACGUCGACCAGUGUUCCUUCCGACGACGAAGAGAAGUGCAUGCUAGGAGCGGAAUCCACGGCGUUGUUCUCGGUAACCGGAAUGACGUGCUCCGCCUGCGCCGGAUCUGUGGAGAAAGCCGUCAAACGCCUCCCCGGAGUGAAGGACGCCGCCGUCGAUUUCCUCAACCACCGCGCGCAAGUCGUGUUUUGUCCCGCCGUCGUCAAUGAAGAAACAAUCCGUGAGACCAUGGAGGACACUGGCUUUCAGGCCAGAUUGAUUUCAGAAGACACAACUGAUAGAUCCACUCAAUUAUGCCGAAUUCGAGUACAAGGACUGGCUUGCAUUUCCUGUUCCAUGACAGUGGAGUAUUAUUUAGGAGCAAUAAAAGGAGUGCAAAAAGCUCUUGCUUCAUCCCCCAAUGAACAAGUUGAGGUCCAUUAUGAUCCAAGAAUCUUGUCCUGCACCCAAAUCUUGGAAGCCAUUGAAGACAUUGGAUUCCAGGGCACAAUCCUCACCAAAGGAGAAGACAUCUCUAAAAUACACCUACACAUUGAUGGAGUGGAGACUGAAGAUUCAAUGACUGCUGUUAGGGAUGCUCUUAGAGCUUUGGCAGGGGUUAGGGAAAUAGACUUUGAUCCAGAGAUCAAGAAGCUAUCCAUAUGUUUCGAAACGGAUUUAACAGGGCCUAGAGAUUUCAUAGAAACUAUUCAGGCUGCUGGAUUGGGAAACUUCAAGGCUAUGAUAUUUCCAGAGAAAGGUGGAAAGGCAGCCGAAAGAGAGGAAGAAAUUAGGCAGUAUUACAGGUCUUUUCUAUGGAGUCUCGUUUUCACAAUUCCUGUGUUCCUAACGUCCAUGAUCUUUAUGUAUGUUCCAGGAAUCAACCGUUGGCUCGAAAUUAAAGUAAUCAACAUGCUCAAUGUAGGAGAGCUUUUGAGGUGGACGCUGUCCACACCAGUUCAGUUCGUCAUCGGCCGACGAUUCUACAUAGGAUCUUACAAAGCAUUAAAGCAUGGUUCUGCAAACAUGGACGUCCUUAUUGCAUUGGGGACAAAUGCAGCUUACUUCUACUCUGUUUACUCUGUUUUAAGAGCUGCUACUUCAUCAAAGUUUGAGUCUACAGAUUUCUUCGAAACUAGUUCGAUGCUCAUUUCUUUCAUACUGCUUGGGAAGUAUCUGGAGGUUUUAGCCAAGGGGAAGACUUCUGAGGCCAUAGAGAAGCUCAUGAACCUCUCUCCCGAGACGGCGACACUGCUUAAAUUGGACAACAAUGGGAAUGUGUUGAGCGAGGAAGAAAUCGACAGCCGGUUCAUACAGAAGAGAGACGUGUUCAAGGUAGUCCCUGGUGCAAAAUUACCCUGCGAUGGAGUCGUCGUUUGGGGACAGAGCCAUGUCAACGAAAGCAUGAUCACUGGAGAAUCCAAGCAGGUGGCGAAACAAAUGGGUGAUGAGGUGAUCGGAGGGACUCUCAAUGCUAACGGCGUGCUGCACGUAAAGGCCACCAAAGUUGGAUCCGAGAGCGCGCUAGCGCAAAUUGUUAGACUAGUCGAAUCGGCGCAGAUGGCGAAAGCUCCUGUCCAAAAACUUGCAGAUCAUAUCUCCAAAUACUUUGUUCCUCUUGUCAUAGCCCUUUCCGUUUCCACUUGGUUCGCCUGGUUUUCGGCGGGAAAGCUCAAUGCUUAUCCCAAAUCAUGGAUUCCUUCCUCCAUGGAUAGCUUCGAGCUUGCACUUCAGUUCGGGAUAUCAGUGAUGGUCAUAGCUUGCCCCUGCGCGCUCGGCCUCGCGACUCCAACAGCCGUAAUGGUUGGCACCGGAGUCGGCGCCUCUCAAGGCAUCCUCAUCAAAGGAGGCCAAGCAUUAGAAAGCACUCAUAAGGUUAGCUGCGUAGUUUUCGACAAGACCGGAACUCUCACAAUGGGGAGGCCGGUGGUUGUCGGCACCAAACUCAUUUCCGACGCCCAUCUUAACGAGCUCAUUUCCCUGGCUGCCGCUGCCGAGGUUAACAGCGAGCAUCCUCUGGCUAAGGCAAUCGUCGACUACGCCGAAAGCCUGAGGCAAGACAAUGAAGAGAUCGGUAGCCAUGUCUGGCCUGAAGCUCAUAACUUCGUGUCCAUAACAGGCCAAGGCGUGAAGGCCACUGUAAGAACAAAAGAGGUUCUUGUCGGAAACAAGAGUUUAAUGGUGGAUCACAACGUCCACAUCCCAACUGUCGCUGAAGAAACGCUGGCCGACGCCGAGCGAUCGGCUCAAACCGGAAUAUUCGUCGCCGUCGACAGGGAGCUCCACGUCAUCCUCGCCGUGUCCGAUCCGAUCAAACCAGGGGCCAAAGAAGUCGUGGCUGCCCUAAAAUUAAUGAAAGUGAAGAGCAUUAUCGUGACCGGCGACAAUCGUGGCACCGCAAACGCAAUCGCUAGGGAGGUCGGGAUCGACGGCGUCGUGGCAGAGGCCAAGCCGGGGGAGAAAGCCGAGAAAGUGAAGGAACUGCAGGGCGAAGACAACGUGGUGGCCAUGGUCGGCGACGGGGUGAACGACUCGCCGGCGCUGGUGGCGGCGGACGUCGGAAUCGCCAUCGGCGCCGGCACGGAUAUAGCCGUUGAGGCGGCGGACAUUGUCCUGAUGAGGAACAAUCUUGAGGACGUUAUAACUGCCAUAGACCUUUCUAGAAAGACGCUUCUAAGAAUCAGGCUGAACUACCUCUGGGCCUUGGGGUACAAUGCCCUCAGCAUUCCCCUCGCCGCCGGAGCCCUCUUCCCCUCCACCGGCUUCCGCCUGCCGCCGUGGGUCGCCGGAGCCGCCAUGGCGGCGUCGUCGGUCAGCGUCGUGUGCAGCUCGCUGUUGUUGAAGAAUUACAACAGAGGAAAAAGUGGUGUGUAAAAUUGGACCAAUUUAUGUAUCCGUACCAUUGCCAUGGCAACUUCACAACAAAUUAAUUAAUAAGCUUUUGACUUUGAAAGUCAACUUAGUAAACUAGACCAAUUUCUAUGGGCUUGGGCGGCUCUUUAAUAUUUCGACCCGGCCCAUCUUAAUUUAUAUGCUAGUACAGUAUAUUUUUAUUUAUUAGGAAGAAAUGCCUCCGAAGGGGAUACAAAGCUGGUACGGGCCCACGUGGCAAAACAGAGCGUGGGGUCCAACCGCCAGAAAUAAAUGUGGGCAUUGUACAAUUUUUUUCAAUUUUGUAAUUAUUAUUUUAUUUUAUUUUAUUUU